GACUAUACAUCAGUCUCGCCUAAUGAUGUAACAUACCCUCAUGAAGCUACGGUCACAUCGGGUGUCCUUUGUGUGGGAGAUAAAGAAGAAUAUUUUUCCAAAGUAGACCAAAGAAACGCCCUGGAAAGGGCUUCCUGUUGGCGGAAAAAACAACCUAAUGUCCGAGAUGAAAAUGCACAUGCCCUUCAUUCAUCAGACAACCCAACUAGCUCUAACUAUGCAGCAUUCUCGCAUGAUGCGUCAACAUUUCCUGCUACAAGUACGGUCACAUCUGGUCUCAUUAAUGAAAAUGAAAUACAAGAUGCAAAUGUAAUCAUGUAUGACACCCAAGAAACAGAGCAUAAAACGGAAGAUGAACGCAAGAGAGGCCAUAGAAACACAGUAAGAAGGGCUUCAUGUCGGCGGAAAAAACAACCUAAUGUCCGAGAUGAAAAUGCACGGACCCUUCUUUUAUCAGACAACCCAACCAGCUGUAAAACAUUUCCUGGUUCAAAUACGGUCUCAUCUGGACUCAUCUAUGACAACGAGCUUCAAGAAACAGAGCAAAAAACGGAAGAAGAACGCAAGAGAGACCGUAGAAACGCCCUGAGGAGGGCUUCCUAUCGGCGGAAGAAACAAUAUAAUGUUCAAGUUGAACAUGCACAGACCCUUCAUUUAUCAGGCAACCCCGCUAGCUCUAACUAUACAUCAUUCUCGCGUGAUGCGCGGACAUUUCCUGAUACAACUACGGUCUCAUGUGGGGUCGUUAAUGACAACGAGCUACAGGAUGUGAUUUUGAAUGACACACAAGAAACAGAGGAAAAAACAGAAGAAGAACGCAAGAGAGACCAUAGAAACGCCCUGCGGCGAGCUGCUUAUUGGAGGAACAAGGAUAAGCAUAUCAAAGAUCAAAACAAACGUCCAUCUGGUACUUCAGACGACCUGAAUAGCCCUAGCGUUACAGAAUUAAUGAAAGAGGGAGCAACAUGUCCCCCUUCAACUUAGACGCGUCUGUCAUUCAGGACACUAUUCUAGCUAGGAGGCAAAGUGACAAUGAGCGGAAACGUAAUUUAACAAACGAGCAAAGGGAGGCAAAAAACGCAAGUAGCAGAGCAUGCCAUCAGAAGAAAAGUGACGAAUUAACGGUGGAGGUCAGAGAAACAAAGAAUGAAAAAAUACGCGUGAAUCGCGUGCAGCGCCGCAAAAGCAUGUCGGUGAUUGAGAAGGGGGAGUCAAGUGCACAGAGGAAGGCCAAUUAUGAAAGAAGGAAAAAAACACCGUGCAAAGAAUGCAUCGCAAUCCCCCUUACAGACCUAGCAAACUCAACCUCUGAAUGUCCCACUUCCCCAAGCCGCGCAUCACCCGUCUCUCGGGCCGAAAAAGAUGAUUCAUCUGAUGGCGAUCCGGGGACGAACAUGCCGAGAUACUCUGCCGGUGCUGAUGAAGACAUCGAUGUAUUCCAAAGCGGCACCAUGGGCGAUGAGCAGGAAGCACACGACUUGAUUGAUGAGGAGUACUACAUGUUUUGCAACGAAGGAUCCGAUAACGACAUAUUGGAUGAUGACGAGGAAGCGAGCAUGUCUAGCGCUAAACCUAGCGAGAUUGAUCCAUUUGACACUGUCUACUCAAACAUUCCAGACAACACUCACAUCCUGAAAGUCGACGAAAAUUGCAAACAUUGCAAGGCCAGAAAGUUUGAGUCUGAGACUGACGGCUUCUGCUGUCGCAAUGGCC